UAUGGUUUUGUAAAACAUCGAUGCAUUGAAGCUUGAGAAGCUGACGCGUGUACGUGUGCGUUAAAAGUAGCACGCGGAUGCACACGAGCGAACGUUAUUGUUAUGUAUAAAUCGUCUCUAUAGCUUUAAAGUUGCAACAAUAUAUGCGAUAUAUUUUCUCAACAUGUCGUACCAAUUAUAUAGAAAUACGACUUUGGGAAAUACGCUGCAAGAAAGUCUGGAUGAAUUAAUACAGUAUGGACAAAUAACACCACAGCUUGCAAUAAAAGUAUUAUUGCAGUUUGACAAAGUUAUUAAUCAGGCUCUUGCAACAAGAGUUAAAUCGAGGCUUACGUUUAAGGCUGGCAAGUUGAAUACAUAUAGAUUUUGUGAUAAUGUAUGGACAUUUAUGCUAAAUGAUGUUGAAUUCCGUGAAGUUCAAGAGGUUGCAAUAGUAGACAAAGUAAAAAUUGUUGCUUGUGAUGGCAAAACACUGGAUGUUGAAGGAGCAACAAAACGAUAACAAAUCUUAAAAUAAGAUCUUAUUUAUAUCUUGGACAGGAUAACGGGAAAUUUUCAUAAUAAACAGUUCAUAAUAACAUAAUGUUAAUAAAAUAUAAAUAUGAAAAUAA